AGCAGCCCUCAGAGAUGAGAUGGAGCAGUCUCCUGCAGUGCGUUCUGACUACUUGGUCUCAGGGAUUAGAACUCCACCAGUGAGGAGAAACAGCAAACUGGCGACACUGGGCAGGAUCUUCAAACCCUGGAAGUGGCGGAAAAAGAAAAAUGAGAAGUUAAAGCAGACCUCUGCAGUGCUGGAGAAGAAAAUGACAGCACGACAAGGUCGGGAUGAACUCAUUAAGAAAGGCCUUCUGGAAAUGAUGGAACAGGAUACUGAAGGAAAAGCCUGCACUGGUGAUGAUGCCACAAGAGCAACACAGAGUGACACUCCAGCUUGUGUACCUGUGUGCCAGGCACUCGACUCUGAAGAGAUGCAGCAAGAGAGUACAACAGCAGCCACGACAGAUGUAACCUCACUUAGUGAAGAGCUGCAUUUGGAUGAGCUGAAAGAAGAUGCAGCCAAGAAACCUUCAGCACCCAAGGAAGAAUUGGAAGAUGCCAGUCUGCCAGCAUCUGAAGACAGUCCACAAGCCUUACUUGCACCUGAAACCACAGAUUCUCCCCAGAAACCGACAGAAGGAAAUCCAGUGCAGCUUCCCAGCCCUCCAUUGCUCCCAGCUCCACCACCUAAGGCAAUCUCCAAAAUCACAAAGAGUGUCACAGGAAGCGACACAGAUGACCCAGCCAUGAAGUCUCCUCCUUCCACUAUCCUGAAGAAUUAUGUAGUUGUUGGCUCCUCUCAAAUCUCAGGACAAUCUGGCCUCUUCCAUUCCUCUGGCCAGAAAAGCUCCGAGUCGCACGUCAGAGGACAGGUAACAACGCCGACUGGCUCCCCUCACCUGGCUGCUGUCCACCUGCCUUUACCUCCCAGCAGAGUCAUUGAAGAACUCCACAGGGCUCUGGCCACCAAACACCGGCAGGACAGCUUCCAUGGAAGAGAAAGCAAAGGCUCUCCAAAAAAAAGAGUGGAUGUCCGUCCAUCCAGAACGUCUAGCAUUGAGCGCAACAAAGAAAAGGAGAACUCCCUGAAUUACAGCAGUGAUACAGAAAAUAAGAGGAAUUCAGUUAAAGAGUCAGAUGAGAACAAAGAAAACAUGAUAAUGAACUCAGAGCUAAAGGAAGACUCUGUUUUUUAUCAGGAUGAGGAAGUUUUGAAUGACUCCAUUAUUUCUGGUACUUUGCCAAGAAAAUGCAAGAAAGAACUGUUGGCAGUAAAACUACGAAACAGACCAAGCAAGCAGGAGCUGGAAGACAGGAAUAUUUUCCCAAGGAGGACAGAUGAGGAAAGACAGGAAAUCCGGCAGCAAAUUGAAAUGAAGCUCUCAAAGCGACUCAGCCAAAGACCUGCUGUUGAGGAGCUAGAAAGAAGAAAUAUACUUAAACAACGAAACGAUCAAACCGAACAGGAAGAAAGAAGGGAAAUCAAACAAAGACUGACAAGAAAGCUUAACCAGAGACCUACAGUAGAUGAACUAAGAGACAGAAAGAUCCUGAUUCGAUUCAGUGAUUAUGUAGAAGUGGCAAAAGCACAGGACUAUGACAGACGAGCAGAUAAACCAUGGACAAGACUAUCAGCAGCCGAUAAGGCAGCAAUUCGGAAAGAGCUAAAUGAAUACAAAAGUAAUGAAAUGGAAGUACAUGCAUCAAGUAAACAUUUGACAAGAUUUCACAGGCCAUAGAAAUUUUCUUCUGAGAAGAAUCUGCCCUUACUUUUUGAUAUUGCUGCUGAACACACGUCAGGGAAUCAUCUUUCCCUAAUGUUCAGUCCUGGAUACCUUGAUGUUGAUGAGAAAGGAGGACUGCGGAUGAAAACUCUGCAGCACUUCAAUAAAGAGGGAAACACCAGAGAUGUUCUUCACCUUGAAGCCAGAAGAGCAAUGGCCUGUUGAAUGGGAUUAGCUGCUGAAAAAGACUGAAGUAAAACUACUUGAAAGAACCUACUACUCUCCUUUACCACUUGUUUUAAACUGUUUUGCAGUCUGUCAUGGAAAAGGAGAUGUGCAUGUACAGGCUUUACCAUUCCAAGGCCUCUGACAUAAUGGACAUGACGCACUGUCAGUCAGUAUUACGUUGACAAGACAUUUUGAACUUACCACAAUUAGUUUGUAAAACGCUUAAGUUCAUGUUCUAAAAACUAAUUUAAUGUAUUAUAAUUUCAUUCUUUUUUUAUAUAUUGUCUAACAAACACAGCUGCAAGCAUUUUUGA